UAUAUAGGUUAAGUCUUACUCUCUUUGCACAAUAUCUUUAUGGUCUCACAUUCUCUCCCUCACUCACACAUACUCUCUACUUUCUCACUCUCUCGUUAGAGUUUUAUUUAUUUUGACUAAAGGUUUCUCUCUCGUUAGAGUUUGUUAUCAUGGAAGACACCAAGAAGAAGACGCCAUGCAGCAAGAAGCUUGGAGGAUAUUUGAGAGAGCAAAAGGGACGCCUGUACAUCAUCAGAAGAUGUGUGGUCAUGCUCAUUUGUUGGCGUGACUAAACAUUUGCGGCUCCUCUACCUCUACAUAUACACAUCAGUACUAGACAGCAUAUUGUGCACACAAUAUCUAUUUGUAUUGUACUACUGAUAUAUGAUUGAAGAGAGGUGUUGGAUCUUUGUGGCUAUAAACGAUGUGAGAUGAGUCCACGAGCUGGAGUUCAAGCAUUCGUGAAUGACAUAUAUCCUGUUAUCUC